UUGCUAUAUUGUUGGUCUUAGAUCCGACCGUACGGUUUCUUCCACAUUCAAGAUGUUCUCCCGUGCUGUUCGUCCGGCCGUUCGCGCUGGUAGUAUUGCGGUCUCCCGCACUGCUCCUCCCAACGCCGCCAACUUCGCGACUCUGCGUGAAAUCGAGGGCCGUCUCAAGUCCAUCAAGAACAUCGAGAAGAUCACCAACACCAUGAAGGUCAUCGCCUCUACCCGUCUUACCCGCGCCCAGAAGGCCAUGGAGGAGUCCCGCAGCUACGGUCAGACCUCCAACACCGUUUUCGAGCAGGCUGAGACCAAGCCCCUCGAGGACAAGAAGACUCUGUUCGUCAUCGCCAGCUCCGACAAGGGUCUCUGCGGUGGUAUCCACUCCGGUCUCAGCAAGGCCACUCGCCGUAUGCUCCAGCAGACUCCCAACGCCGACAUUGUCGUCCUCGGUGAGAAGGCCAAGGCUCAGCUGUCCCGUACCAACCCCAACGCCAUCGUCCUGAGCUUCGCCAACGUCUGCAAGGACGUCCCCACCUUCGCCGAUGCUCAGGCCAUCGCCGACCAGAUCUCUCUGCUCCCCGAGGACUACGCCAGCGUUAAGAUCGUCUACAACAAGUUCCUGAACGCUCAGAGCUACGAGCCCGCCACCGUUGAGGCUUUCUCCGAGGAGGCCAUCACUCAGUCCCCCAACCUCUCUGCCUACGAGACUGAUGAGGAGACUCUCACCAACCUCCGCGAGUACGCUCUUGCCAACAGCUUGUUCUGGGCUCUUGCCGAGGGUCACGCCUGCGAGAUCUCUGUGAGUCGCUUCUGUUGAACUAUCACGCCAUGAAUCAAUGCUAAUCAGAUACAAGGCCCGUCGCAAUGCCAUGGAGAACGCUUCCAAGAACGCUGGUGAGAUGAUCAACAAGUAAGUUCUGCCGUCCCUCGUCGUGGGAACGACGCUAAUGCAUUGCAGGUUCCAGAUUCUGUACAACCGUCAGCGUCAAGCCGCCAUUACCAACGAGCUGGUCGAGAUUAUCACUGGUGCCACCGCCAGUGCGGACAUG